AUGGCUAAGAAGUCUUCGAAGUCCAUCAAGAACCCCAUCCCAGUUACUUUGCUCUCGGGCUUUUUGGGAUCGGGAAAGACUACUCUUUUGGAACACAUUCUUACCAAGGACCAUGGUCUUAAGAUUGCCGUUAUCAUCAAUGAUAUGUCCCAGUUGAACAUUGAUGCCGACUUGGUGCAAAACCACCGUGUUUCCCAGAAAGAGGAAAAAUUGGUGCAGCUUCAGAACGGCUGUAUCUGUUGCACCUUGAGAGGUGAUCUUUUGGAGGAGUUGGUUUCUCUUGCUAAGAAUGAUGCUUUUGAGUAUAUUGUUAUUGAGUCCACUGGUAUUUCCGAGCCUAUGCAAGUGGCUGAGACUUUCACGACUGAAUUUACUAACAUGUACCUUGACAACCAAGAAGGUAUUACCAAAGAGGACGAAAAGAUUUUGAAGGAAAUCAAGGACUUGGGUGGUCUCGAAAAGGUUGCCAAGCUUGAUACCUGUGUUACUGUCAUUGACGGUAAGAACUUUUACCAUAACUUGGAAACCACGGAAUUCCUUGUUGACCGUUUUGGUUCCACUGGCCAGAACGAGGAGGAGAGAACCAUCUGUGACCUUAUGGUGGAUCAAAUCGAAUUUGCCGACGUCAUCAUUGUCAACAAGAUUGACUUGGUGAACAAGAAGCAAAAGAAGAAGAUCUUCAAGACCAUCAAGUCCCUCAACCCUGUUGCCAAGGUCUACAGAACCAACUACAGCCGUGUUGAUGUCAAGGAUGUUGUUGGUACCGGUUUGUUUGAUUUCGAAAAGGCUUCUUCUUCCGCUGGUUGGUUGCAGAGUCUUCACGAAAUGACCAAGAGAGAGGCCUACGGCAACAAGCUUGCACCCAAGCCAGAGACCGAGGAGUACGGUAUCAACAACUUCGUCUACAAAUCUAGACGUCCUUUCCACCCAGAGAGACUCUACAAGCUUAUCAGGGACAAGUUUGUGGUGAUUGAGCUGUCUGGACUCGCUAACGAGAACAACGAAGGCGAAGGCGAAGGUGAAGAAGAAGAAGAAGAGGAAGAAGAGAUCGACGAAGACGAAAUCGACGGUGACGAAGAAAACUACACCGACCCCUCUGAAGAGCAGAUUAUCAAGAACAAAAAGCACUCCAAAUUCGGUCCUGUCCUCCGUUCCAAGGGUUUCUUCUGGCUUGCUUCCCGUCACAUUAUCCGAGGUGAAUGGUCCUCUGCUGGUCCUAUGCUUACUAUGCGUGGAGGUAUUCCAUGGUUUGCCGUUGCAGGUAAGGAGUUCUACCCACCUGAGGCCCAGGCCCUUAUUGACAGAGACAUGCAAGGCAGAUUCGGUGAUCGUAGAAACGAGAUUGUGUUUAUUGGCUUGAGCAUUGAUCUGGAAGCCAUCACCAAGGAGCUCGACAAGUGCUUGCUCAAUGACGAAGAGUACAAGGUUUACGAAAAGCUCACGAAGGAGAAGAACCUUUUCAAGGUGGAGAAGGCAUUGCAGAAUGAGUUUGUCGACGGCUUCGAGCUGUGGAUUGCCUUUGACGAGCCUGAUGCUCCUGAGGAGGAACCCAAGGUGGCUGCUCCCGAAAUCCACAACGGCCAUGUCCACAAGCCCAAGGCUGUUUCCAGCAAGAGCUGA